CAGCCAGACCAUGAAACCAGCCAGCAGUUAGCAAGGCAUAUCCAUUCAUAAAAAUUCACUUCAUCCACCUCCACCAUGGCCGCCGGAAACCUUGAGCUCCCUUCUUCGGAGCCUGAGAGCCAGAACAUGGCUGCCGUGAAUGUGCUUUACAAGGCAUUGGCAACCGGCGACACCGACAAGGUGGCCGGGCUUCUGGCCGCCGACCUGGAAUGGUGGUUCCACGGCCCUCAGAACUGCCAGCACAUGAUGAGGGUGCUCACCGGAGAAUCGUCGGGAUCGGAGUUCAGGUUCGAGCCUCGGAGCAUGACGGGCAUCGACGGGGAUCGGGUGAUCGUGGAGGGCUGGGAAGGGGCCAAGGCUUAUUGGGUGCACGUUUGGACCCUCAAAGACGGCAAAAUCACCCAAUUCAGAGAGUACUUCAACACCUGGCUGGUCGUCACUGAAUUAAUCGGCCACCACAGCCCGACCCUGUGGCAGAGCCAGCCUCGGGAUCUCGCCAACCGCUCGCUGCCGGGGCUUGUGCUCGCCAUCUGACAGUGUCGGUGGCUGGGCGCCAUGGUCGGCGGCGGCGAGCUUAAUUGAGCCAUUGCUUGAAAUUAAUCAAGGGAGCUCGAUCUAGCUCAUUGUAAAGCAUUUAAAUAGAUAAUAAAUUAAGUUUUAAUGAUUGGGCUUUGAAUUAACAGAACUCUUAUGGUAACUUAAUCGAGUUUUAAGUUCAGGAAUUAAUAAAGGAAUAAUUAAUAGGA